UACAGAUGCUUUCCCCACGUUGUGAAUAUUGCUGUAAAGGCAGGACUCUCCCAGCUGACACAGCUGUCGGUUUUUGAUGAUGAGGACUUGCAAGAGACCCUCAAUGAUUCGGUGCGAACUGACGUUGUUAACCGUUGCCGGGGACUUGUUUCUGCUAUCAGGAAGUCAGGCAGACGACGUGAUGACUUACAGGCAUCCGUAGAUGCUGUAAAUGCCUUAGUAGAUGCAGAAACCGAUCUUAUUGAUCUAGAUUCAGCCAUCCCGCACCUUGAGCUCAUCACUGAUGUAGAGACGCGUUGGUCAUCAACAUUCUUUCUCAUUGAUCGUGUACUUCAUCUGUAUCCUGCCAUUGAUCACUAUCUUCAAUCACAUCAAUUUGUUCAUGAAGGCCUCAGUCCAGCUGAUUUACGUGUGCUGGCUGAUAUUCGAACAUUCUUGGUUGUUCCUCAUGCCGCACAAGAGCUUGUAUCAGCCCAGAAAACAAGCACACUAUCUGUUGUGUUGCCUAUAUACGAAGAACUGCUGGAUCUCCUUCACAUGGCUGCCGAAUCACUGCCAUUAAUUGCACCUGCAAUUAACCGCUCUAUCAAGAAGCUCCAGGAAUACCUGACACUGUCGAGAAAGUCUCGCUUGUAUGCUCUUGCUAUA